GGUUGCGGGCACAUUUUUUGUGGAACUUUGUCCACACAUCUGGGUGACUGGGUCCACAAUGCUCUUUACACCCCAUUUGCCUAUAAACACAAGUAGUACAAGUAACAUGAAAUCAAAACAUCCUGAACCGUCCGAGACAAAUGAGGAAGCUGGAAUCGCCUGAACCCUACAUACCACCACAAUUCAUGGCGGAGUGUUGGUUCGACGAUGUAUGCAUCCUCGAUAUGGACUAUUUCGUCAAGACCCUCUCCGGCGUUACGGCCAAGGGCGUUCGACCAGACUUGGUCGGGUCACUGAUCACACACUACGCGUGUAAGUGGCUACCGGAGCUCUCUGGCGAUGAAUCAGCCGAAAAGAGUGGUCCCACCACCACCACCACCACCAAUUCGGAAGAGCCGUCGCCAGAGAGCACUGCAACCGCUUCGUGGAUGAAGAAGAGGUUCUUCGUCGAAACACUAGUGGGAAUCCUCCCUCCCGAGAAAGACUCCAUCCCCUGUGACUUCCUGCUGCGGCUCCUCCGUGCCGCAAACAGGGUGGGGGUGGACCCGGCUUACCAAGCCGAGCUGGAGAAGAGGAUUUCAUGGCAGCUGGACCAGGCUAGCUUGAAAGAGCUUAUGUUACCCUCUUUUAGUCACACGUGUGGGACGUUGUUGGAUGUUGAGCUGGUUUUGAGAUUGGUUAAGGGGUUUGUGAAUUUGGAUGAAGCCGUUAGAGGUGGAGCGGCGCUGGUUAAGGUGGCGAAGCUCGUGGACUCUUACCUCGCUGAAGCCGCCGUGGACUCGAACUUGAGCCUGCCGGAGUUUGUGGCGCUGGCUGGAGCUCUGCCCGGCCAUGCCCGUUUGAUCGAUGAUGAGUUGUACCGUGCCAUUGAUACAUACCUCAAAGCACAUCCAGGGGUGUCAAAGAAAGAAAGAAAGUCCCUAUGCAGACUAAUGGACAGCCGAAAGCUCUCCCCAGAAGCCUCCCUCCACGCGGCUCAAAACGAACGCUUACCGGUUCGAGCCGUGAUCCAAGUGCUCUUCUCCGAGCAAACCAAGCUCACCCGUCAAUUCGAUUGGAGCGGUUCCUUCAGCGCUUCGAGGAGCCCCAACUUUGGGCUUCUCGAUCCGGCUGCUCGGUGCCUAUCCAAGCGUGAAAUGACGGCCCAGCAGAUGGAGAUAAAGCGGCUGAGGGACGACGUGCUUAGGCUGCAGAGCCUGUGUAUUUCCAUGCAGGGGCAGAUUGAGAGGAUGUCGGAGAAGAAGAAUAAGGGGUUCUUUAGGUGGAAGAAGUUGGGAAUUGGGUUUAGAAGCGGCGGCGGUGUGGUUGAUGAGGGGGAAGGGGAGUAUGGGCGGCAGACACCGGUGGCCGGUGUGAAGAGUAAGUUGGUGCAGGGGAGGACUCCUAAAUGGAGUAAGUCUGUUUCUUGAAAAGUCAAAUUAAUGGUUGGUUUUCAUGGGCUAUGUUGUUAAUUUUGUAAGGGAAUCGAUUUUUAUACUCUCUUUUUUGAUAUCCACACUCAUUUUUUUUUGUCUUUUAGCAAAAAAAAAAACCGUACCAUUUCAACACUAAAAUUCAAAAAAGAGAGUGUGGUUAUAAAAAAAGAAAGUGUAAAAACCAAUUCCGGUCCAUGUACCCUAUUCAUGACUUACAAUUGUUGUUAGUUCUCAGGUUGGAAUAAGAUGUAUAUUUGUUUUUCUUUACUACUAGAUUCAUUUGUAAUAUAUAUAUGCACUUCAGCUGAUAUGAAACUUAUGGAGUUGUUAAUUAAACGAAACUUUUUUGUUA